CGUAUGGGUGGACAAGUAUGCUAAGUAUUAUUUAUGUAGAAGACAUCAAAUGAUUGAGGAAUAAGGAGAAGAAGGUAGCUAGCUAUACUAUACUAGUGAAGCAAAAUUUUAUGCAUAACAAAACAAUAGCUAGCUAGGUAGAGAGAAGAUGAUGAGUAGGUAUACAGAGUGAUAUUGUUUUCUUCCUCUCUUCCUUCUCAGAAUUGUUGCUGUCUCCUUUGAUAAAAUUCUUCUUGGUGUUUUCUGGGUUUAUUCUGAAACCUUUCAAAGAGACAAGAAAGCAGGCAAAAUCAAACGUAUAUACCUUCACUCAGAACUUCCAGAUUUGAGAGCUCUCAACUUUGGAACACAACAUGGCUUCUGCUUCCUCAUCCACACCCUUCUUGGGAAUUAGACAAGAAAAUCAAAGUCAGGUUACACAACAAUCCACAGCUGCUUCCUCAAAUACCUCUCCUCCAACCACAGUGCCUCAAAAGAAAAGGAGGAAUCAACCCGGAACACCAUAUCCAGAUGCAGAGGUGAUAGCACUAUCUCCAAAGACGCUAAUGGCAACAAACAGGUUCAUAUGUGAAGUGUGCAAUAAAGGGUUCCAAAGGGAGCAAAACCUACAGCUGCACAGAAGAGGACACAACUUGCCUUGGAAGCUAAAGCAGAAGAGUACAAAAGAGCCAAAGAGAAAGGUUUAUCUGUGUCCGGAGCCCACAUGCGUUCACCAUGACCCUUCAAGGGCUCUUGGAGACCUCACUGGCAUCAAGAAACACUACUCUCGCAAGCACGGUGAGAAGAAGUGGAAGUGUGACAAAUGCUCCAAAAAAUAUGCUGUUCAAUCUGAUUGGAAGGCACACUCCAAAACCUGUGGCACAAGAGAAUAUAGAUGUGACUGUGGCACCCUCUUCUCCAGGCGUGACAGUUUCAUAACUCAUAGGGCCUUUUGUGAUGCUUUGGCGCAUGAGAGUGCAAGACACCCUUCAAACCUGAACCCUUUAGGAACUCAUCUGUAUGGCACAAACCACAUAAGCCUAGGCCUUGGUGCUCAACUUCAGAACCAAGCAACCACUAACAGCAUAUUGAGCCUUGGAAGUGCACCAAAGUUUGAGCACUUAAUCUCUCCCAAUCUGCACCACUCAUCAUCCUUCGGAGUGCAGUCACCACCCCAGUCAUCUUUCUUCAUGACUGACCCUAACCAGGCAUUUCAAGACCUCCAAUCUCAGCAACAAGGAUCCUUAUUCUCAAGCAAGCAACUCCAUGGCCUUAUGCAACUCCCUGAUCUUCAAGGAACCACCAAUAACUCCACUUCUGCUUCAUCAGUAUCUGCCUCACCUAACAACACCAAUCUCUUUAACCUCAGUUUCUUUCCUAAUGGUAAUAGCAGUGGAAGCAUAAUCAAUGAUCAAUUCAACAACAUCAGUGGAGGGAAUAGUAAUAACCAAGGAACAGCAACACUCUACAGCACUAACAGCCCAGUAAGUAACCAAGUUGGUUCAGGCUUGUCUUCACUCUUUGGCAACUCAUCAGUGCAACAAGAUCAUAACAUGUCCCCUCACAUGUCAGCCACUGCAUUGCUUCAGAAAGCUGCUCAAAUGGGUUCAACCACAACUACCAAUGGUUCUUCCUCCCUACUAAGAGGAACAGAAGAAUUAGGCAUGAGAUCCAGCAUGGAAAAUGAGCACGGUAACCAUCUACGUGGAUUGAUGAACUCCUUUGCCAAUGGAAACACUUCCAUGUUUGGCAAUGUGAAAGGGAACGAAAACAACCUUGGUCAGUUUCACAACGUGGUGGAGGAGCCUAAAAAGUUGUCACAAAAUCUUGGUGUCUGCUUUGGAGGGUCUGAUAAGUUGACCUUAGACUUUCUGGGUGUUGGAGGAAUGGUGAGGAACAUGAACGGUAGUGGGUUUUCACAAAGAGAUCAACAACAACACUCCAUGGGAACUAUGAGCCCCUUGGAUCCUAAAUUGGAAUCAGCACAUGCAAACCAGCACUUUGGAACUUCAACACUCUAAUAAGUUGGAUAAGAGGUAAAAACAUACGUGAUGUCUAUGUUUCGAAAGGGAUUAGUUUCUUCCCAUCUACGAGAAGAUAUUCCCAGUGCACAUCAAAAAAAAAAAUGUUGGGUAAAUUUAUUAGGUAGAAAAAAUGUUUAUUUUAUAAUUUUAUAUAUGUACUAGUUCUAAACUUUUCCUUUUCUUUUCCUUGAAGAAUAUUCGGUUGUCAAUUGUUAAGUUAGGGUUUCAAUUCUAAAAUAUGCAAUCCAUGUAUUUUUCUUGAAACA